AUCAGAAAACUACAAAUCAAAAUCCAAUUCCUACCCCCUUCCAUUGGAUUCGAUGAAUAUCGAACUACCACCGAUACCCUCCUUGUUCUCCCGAAACGUCGCCGUGAUUGGCGCCGGCGCUGCCGGACUGGUCGCCGCCCGCGAGCUUCGGCUAGAGGGGCAUAAAGUCGUCAUCUUCGAGAGGGAAAUUCGGGUUGGUGGCACCUGGGUAUAUAAUCCGGCAACUGAAUCCGACCCUAUUGGAGUUGACCCCUCUCGUGCCGUCGUCAGCAGCAGCCUUUACAAGUCGCUACGAACAAAUCUUCCUCGAGAAGUGAUGGGUUAUCGAGCUUACCCUUUUGUUGCUAGCAAUAAACCAUCACGGGAUUCGAGGAGAUACCCCGGUCACCGAGAAGUGCUCGAUUACUUGACGGAUUUCGCCACCGAAUUCGGAAUCAGUGAUCUGGUUCGGUUCGGCACCGAGGUGUCGUACGUUGGGCAAGUUGAAGAUGGGAAGUGGAAUGUGAAAUCGAGGACGGGUAGAGAGAAUAUGGAUGAGAUAUAUGAUGCUGUGGUUAUCUGCAAUGGCCAUUACACAGAGCCCCGAUCAGCUGAUAUUACAGGCAUCGAGGCAUGGCCAGGAAAGCAGAUUCACAGCCACAAUUACCGUGUUCCUGAACCGUAUAGAGGUCAAGUUGUAGUUCUAAUUGGCAGUGCUGCAAGUGCUGUGGAUAUCUCUAGAGAUAUUGCAGGAGUUGCUAAAGAAGUCCACAUUGCUUGUCGAUCUCUUGGCAAUGAGAAUCCAGGAAAGAUUGCUGCUCACGAUAACAUGUGGCUUCAUCCUAUGAUUAAAAGCGUACAUGAAGAUGGUUUUGUGGUAUUUGAAGAUGGGACUAGAGUUCUUGCCGACAUUAUUCUGCAUUGUACGGGGUACAAGUUCCAUUUUCCCUUCCUUCAUACUAAUGGGAAGGUGACAGUAGAUGAUAACCGUGUCGGACCACUAUAUAAGCAUGUUUUUCCGCCAAGUUUGGCCCCAUGGCUCUCUUACGUCGGCUUGCCAUGGAAGGUGGCACCAUUUCUCUACAUUUGCCAUGAUCUUUUUGAUGAUAUAACUUCUAAUUUAAUUGUGUGCUUCCAGGUUGUGCCUUUACCUCAGUUUGAGUUACAGAGCAAGUGGAUAUCUGGUGUUUUGUCUGGUCGAAUUCUACUUCCUGCAAAUGAGGAGAUGAUGGCUGACAUUGAAGCUUUUUAUAGAGGGAUGGAAGAGUCUGGCAUUCCAAAGCGAUACACACAUAACAUGGCUAAUUCUCAGUUUGAAUAUAAUGAUUGGGUGGCCAAGCAAUGUGGAUGCCCACCAUCUGAGGAAUGGAGAAAACAGAUGUAUGCUUUGGCUAGCAAAAACAAGAAUAACCGUCCAGAGUCAUAUCGCAAUGAAUGGGAUGAUGAUCACUUGAUUCCACUCGCACACGAGGACUUCAUCAUGUAUGGGGUAUUUGCUCAUAAUUCUUAGAGCUGUUUCUUGAUAGCUGUGACUCGGCUGUUCGAGAUUGGAGGCAAAUGAUUUCAAAAUGGAAUGGAAGACAGCCAGAUUGUUGGAGGUAGUAAUGAUAUCACUUAUCUAUUUCAACUUAUAGCCCAACUUGUUCCACAUUCUUAGGAACUAAUGCAUUCCUUUGUUUCUAUCUAGGCUUACAUGGUUAUAACUUUGAUUUUGUAAAGGACAUAAAGAAAUUUGUGAGUAGAAAAUCCUUGCUCUUUGUGUUUGUUAUAUGUAGACGAACGAGAUACUAUAGAGAAUACAUAAUAAUAGGGAAUUCAAAGUUCUAUAUUUAUCUUGUUUAU